AUUUACGUCUUGCUCAGCUGGCUAUGCAUGCUAUUGGAAUAAUCAUCAUGUGUGUAUGCUUUAUCACUGCGCUUGCAUUAAUCAUCGUCUGGUAUAAAAAGAAUAUAGAGAGUAGAAGUUUUCAACUUUGGCGUCUGCUUAUAGGCAUAUUUCUUAUGCUAGCUG